CGGAGUGCUUUUCAUGAAUAUAGGUUUAUCAAGAACUUUUUGUUUUGACAGUUUUUUUUCCACAUAUGGUUGCUUGGCAGUUGUAUUUUCUGACUGUGACACAGUCAAUUAAGUGGAAAAAUGUUCCUGUGUUUCACGCUAACUGCCCAUUUCAUUUCUGGCCUUAGGUUAUGCGUCUCAGGAGCACGCCCAGGUAGUUGUCCAUCUAUCCAACCGUCAUCCGUCUGUCCAUCCGUUCAUGCAUUUGGCACUAGUCACUGGUGUUGCACGCGUCACUGGUGAAUAAAACCCAGUUCUUGCCCUCCAGGAGCCUGAUGUCUAGUUUGUGAGAAAUCCUGAGUUGACUGUUGCACGUCUUCUUCAGUGGCUCCAAUGACAAACCUGGGAUGGAUCUGGGGACCACUUUCUGGUACUGCUGGUAGCUUGAGGAAUUUUGCCAUGUUGGUCAAAGGAAUUAGAAGUCAGCAGUAAGAAUUUGCAGUUAUAUGGUGCCUCAUACUUGUAAGUGAAAGAUUUUUGAGGACUUUUUUUUAUUUAAUCCUCUUAGGCUUUUUUAAUGUAAGCAUUUUACAGCCCUUCCCUGACUUGUUUCCAGGCCUUGCCUGUAAAACUCUCACACGGCAGUCAGUUCCAGAAGCCCGAUAACCUCGUUAAUUCAUUUUCAUGCCCUGCUGUUCUUCCAGUUAUUCUCUCCUGAGAGAACUGGUGUCUGGCUUCUCUUUUAUUCUUUCAUUAGAGAACGUUCCUGCUCCAGGUUAGGCGAGCCCUUGGUGCCUUCCUCUUCUUGCUUCCUUGGCUUUGCUAUUUCUAGCCUGUUAUUCUAUCGCAGGUCCCAGGUUGUUGGCUCUCCCAUAAUUGAGGUCUACUUGCAGCUUAUGCUUUUCAUAGGCUUUUCACACAUUUAACACAUUUAUUCAACACCUACUGUGUGUCAGCCAUUGUCCUUGGUACUGAGGAUGCUGCAGAGAGACCCUCUGUCCACAGGGAGCUCACAGUCCAGUGGGAAGGCAGACAGCGACACUAGUGCUGUGAAGAAGAAGAAAGCAGGAUUGGGGGUGUUAACUGUUGGGGUGGGAGCUGAAAUUUUAGGAAGGAUAGAUGGGGAGGGCUUGAGUCAUCUUCGAGUAAAAAUGUGAAGGAAGCGAACUGUGUGGGCAUCUUGGGAAAGAAUAUUCCAGUGGAGUGAAAAACCGGUGCAAAGGUCCUGAGGCAGGAGGACAAAAGAAUUUGGGUUUGAGGUCAGAGAGACAAUGGGGGCCUGAUCAUAUCAGGCCGUGUGGGACAUAGUAAAACCCAAAAAAUAACCAAACCCAGUGCCGUCGAGUUGAUUCCGACUCAUAGCGACCCUAUAGGACAGAGUAGAACUGCCCCAUAGAGUUUCCAAGGAGCGCCUGGCGGAUUCGAACUGCCAACCCUUUGGUUGGUUAGCAGCCAUAGCACUUAACCGCUGCGCCACCGGGGUUUCUGGGACAUAGUAAGGCCUGUGAAUUUUACUCUGACUGGGGAGGGGGCCAUUGGAGAGUUUUGAGCAGAGGAGAGAUGUGGACUGACUUUUUUUUUUUUUGGCAUUGUUGUAAAUAUAUCUGUCACAUUUUUUGCCAGUUAACUUUUUACAGGCAUACAACUUAUUGAAAGCAAUUUAUAGUGAUCAACUGUGCAACCCUACCAUUAUUCAGUACAAUUUUUCCACCACUGUUAACCCUUCCUUUGCCUCUGUGCUCCCCUGCCUAUGAUAACCACUAAUAAAUUUCGGCCUCUAUACAUUUGGUUUUUCUUAACUUUUUAUAUAAGUGAGGCCAUACGAUAUUUGUCCUUUUGCGAUUGACUUGUUUCACUCAGCAUAAUGUCUUCCAGCUCUAUGCUUAUGGUAGCAUGUAUCGAGACUUCAUUUCUCCUACUGGCUGAAUAGUAUUCCAUUGUAUGUAUGUGUAUGUGUUGUAUGUAUGUAUGUAUGUUUAUCCAUUCAUCUGUUGAUAGGUUGUUGCUACCUUUUGGCUAUUGUGGAUAGUGCUGCAGUGAACAUUUGUGUACAAGUCGGUGUUUGAGUGUCUGUUUUCAAGUCUUUUGAGCGUAUACCUAGGAGUGGAAUUGCUGGGUCAUAUGGUUCUGGAAACCCUGGUGGCUUAGUGGUUAAGUGCUGUGGCUGCUAACCAAGAGGUCAGCAGUUCGAAUCUACCAGGUGCUCCUUGGGAAUUCUAUGGGGCAGUUUUACUCCGUCCUGUAGGGCCGAUAUGAGUCGGAAUUGACUCGUUGGCAGUGGGUUUGGUGUUUUGGUUUUAUGGUUCUGGAGCAUUUGUGGCACAGUGGUUAAGAGCUUGGCUGCUAACUGGAAGGUUGGCAGUUUGAAUCCACCAGUCGCUCCUUGGAAACCCUAUGGGGCAGCUCUACUCUGUUCUAUAGAUAGGGUUGCUAUGAGUCAGACUCAACUUAACAGUAAUGGAUUUGUUUGUUUUUUUUUUCUUUGUGGUAGCUCUAUUUUUAGUUUUUUGAGGAACUGCUACACUGUUUUCCACAGUGGCUGUACUGCUUUGCAUCCUCACCAGCAAUGAAUAAGGGUCCCAAUUUGUUGUUAUCUUUUUUAAUCUUAGCCAUCCUGUUGUUAGGUGCUGUUGAGUCAGUUCUGACUCACAGUGACCUCGAGCAGAACGAACCAGUGCCCGGUCCUGUACCACCCUCACGAUUGUGCUGUUUGAGCCCAUUGUUGCAGCCACUGUGUCAAUCCAUCUUGUAUGGGGUCUUCCUCUUUUUUGCUGACCCUCUACUUUACCAAGCUUCAUGUCCUUCUCCAGGGACUAGUCCCUCCUGAUAACGUGUCCAAGGUAUGUGAGACAAAGUCUCACCAUCUUUGCUUCUAAGGAGCGUUCUGGCUGUACUUCAGGACAGAUUUGUUGGUUCUUCUGGCAGUCCAUGGUAUAGUCAGUAUUUUUUGCCAACCCCUUAAUUCUAAGGCGUCAAUUCUUCUUUGAUCUUCCUUAUUCAUUGUCCAGCUUUCACAUGCAUAUGAGGUGAUUGAAAAUACCAUAGCUUCGGUCAGGCGCACCUUAGUUCUCAAAAUGAUAUAUUUGCUUUUUAAUACUUUUGUCCGUUGCAGCAGACUUGUCCAGUGCAACACGCUGUUUGAUUUCUUGACUGCUGCUUCCGUGGGCAUUGAUUGUGGGUCCAAGUAAAAUGAAAUCCUUGACAACUUCAAACUCUUUGUUUAUCAUGAUGUUGCUUAUUGGUCCAGUUGUGAGGAUUUUAGUUUUCUUUAUUUUUAGUUUUCACAUUUCUUUGAGGUGCAAUCCAUACUGAAGGGUGUAGUCUUUGAUCUUCAUCAGUAAGUGCUUCAAGUCUUCUUCUCUUUCAGCAAGCAAGGUUGUGUCAUCUGCAUAAUGCAGGUUGUUGAUGAGUCUUCCUCCAAUCCUGAUGCCCAGUUCUCCUUCAUACAGUCCAGCUUCUUGGAUUAUUUGCUUAGCUCACAGAUUGAAUAAGGAUGAUGAAAGGAUACAACCCUGACACACACCUUUCCUGAUUUUAAACCACACAGUAUCCCCUUGUUCUGUUUGAACAACUUCCUCUUGCUGUACGUACAAGUUUCAUGUGAGCACAAUCAAGUUUUCUGGAAUUCCCAUUCUUUGCACUGUUACCCAUAAUUUGUUAUGAUCCACACAGUCCAGUACCUUACACAGAUAAACAUCUUUUUGGUAUUCUCUGCUUUCAGCCAAGAUCCGUCUGACAUCAGCAGUGAUACCUCCCUGAAUCUACGUCCUCUUCUGAAUCCAGCCUGAAUUUCUCGCAGACAUGAAUCCUGGUUCGUUUUUCUGCAUGUGGCAAUUCAGUGUUCCCAGCACCAUUUAUUGAAGACACUGUUCUUUUUCCAUCAAAUGGACUUAGCACCCUUCUCAAGAAUCGGUUCACCACAGAUAUCUGUCUUGACGCCACUAACCGGGACUCCCCACUUGGCCUUGAGCUGGGACCUCACGCAGCGCAAGGAAAUGUAGAUCAGCGACUUGUAACGGGAAGCGUAUGAACAGGCCUACGCCACGCCAUUUAGGUGCUAAACGAUGGCGCUUGCAGGGCUCAGCCUGGCCUGAGAAUUGGGUGCCCCCGGCACUGGAAGAGCCGACUCUGACUCCUGGGCUCCUGGCUUGAAUAGGCCUUCACUUCCAGCCAUCCCAGUCCAACGGCUACGCAAAACCACUUCUUUUCUCUUAAUGAUGGGUAUUGGUAAGAACACCACGUCCAAGUCAAUGGAGGCUGGAAGUUCAACAGAAGGCAAAUAUGAAGAUGAAGCAAAGCACCCUGCUUUCUUUACUCUUCCGGUGGUGAUAAAUGGAGGUGCCACAUCCAGCGGUGAACAGGACAACGAAGACACCGAGCUCAUGGCAAUCUACACUACAGAAAACGGCAUUGCAGAAAAGAGCUCUCUGGCGGAGACCCUGGACAGCACCGGCAGCUUAGACCCCCCGAGAUCGGACAUGAUUUACACCAUAGAAGACGUUCCUCCCUGGUACUUGUGUAUCUUCCUGGGGUUACAGCACUACCUGACCUGCUUCAGUGGCACGAUUGCGGUGCCUUUCCUGCUGGCUGAUGCCAUGUGUGUGGGGUAUGACCAGUGGGCCACCAGCCAACUCAUCGGGACCAUCUUCUUCUGCGUGGGAAUCACAACCUUGUUACAGACAACAUUUGGAUGCAGGUUACCCCUGUUUCAGGCCAGUGCUUUUGCAUUUUUGGCCCCUGCUCGAGCCAUCCUGUCUUUAGAUAAAUGGAAAUGUAACACCACAGAUAUUUCAGUUGCCAAUGGAACGGAGCUGUUACACACAGAGCACGUGUGGUAUCCGCGGAUACGAGAGAUCCAAGGGGCCAUCAUCAUGUCCUCACUGAUAGAGGUGGUCAUCGGCUUCCUGGGCCUGCCCGGGGCUCUGCUGAAGUACAUCGGUCCACUGACCAUCACGCCCACGGUGGCCCUCAUUGGCCUCUCGGGUUUCCAGGCAGCUGGAGAGCGAGCUGGGAAGCACUGGGGCAUUGCCAUGCUGACAAUUUUCCUGGUAUUACUGUUUUCUCAAUAUGCAAGAAAUGUUAAAUUCCCUCUCCCAAUCUACAAAUCCAAGAAAGGAUGGACAGCAUACAAGCUACAGCUUUUCAAAAUGUUCCCUAUAAUCCUGGCCAUCCUCGUGUCCUGGCUGCUCUGCUUCAUCUUCACGGUGACAGAUGUCUUCCCUCCCGACAGCACAAAGUACGGCUUCUACGCUCGCACGGAUGCCAGGCAGGGCGUGCUUCUGGUAGCCCCAUGGUUCAAGGUCCCGUACCCAUUUCAGUGGGGCCUGCCCACCAUCUCUGCCGCCGGCGUCAUCGGGAUGCUCAGCGCGGUCGUCGCCAGCAUCAUCGAGUCUAUCGGUGAUUACUACGCCUGCGCGCGGCUGUCCUGUGCCCCGCCGCCUCCCAUCCAUGCCAUCAACAGGGGGAUUUUUGUGGAGGGCCUCUCCUGUGUUCUUGAUGGCGUAUUUGGUACUGGGAAUGGCUCGACUUCAUCCAGUCCCAACAUUGGAGUGUUGGGAAUUACAAAGGUUGGCAGUCGCCGGGUGAUCCAGUACGGGGCGGCCCUGAUGCUGGCCCUGGGCAUGGUGGGAAAGUUCAGUGCCCUCUUCGCGUCCCUUCCUGACCCUGUGCUUGGCGCCCUCUUCUGCACCCUCUUUGGGAUGAUCACAGCUGUCGGGCUCUCUAACCUGCAGUUCAUCGAUUUAAAUUCUUCUCGGAACCUCUUUGUGCUUGGAUUUUCAAUCUUCUUUGGACUAGUCCUUCCAAGUUACCUCAGACAGAACCCUCUCGUCACAGGGAUAACAGGGAUUGAUCAAGUGUUGAACGUUCUUCUCACAACCGCUAUGUUUGUAGGAGGCUGCGUGGCUUUUAUUUUGGAUAACACCAUCCCAGGUACUCCAGAGGAAAGAGGGAUCAGGAAAUGGAAGAAGGGCAUAGGCAAAGGGAACAAGUCGCUCGAAGGCAUGGAGUCCUACGAUUUGCCAUUUGGCAUGAACAUUAUUAAAAAAUACCGAUGCUUCAGUUACUUGCCCAUCAGCCCGACCUUUGUGGGCUACACGUGGAAAGGCCUCAGGAAGAGUGGGAAUAGCCGGAAUUCAGAUGAAGACUCGCAGGCCACAGUAUAGCCUUGGAGUACUCGGUGGCCGGCCGCAGUGAGGCACAUCUCUGUAGUUCUUGCUGAGCAACAAACAGUAAAAUAAUAUGUUUGUAUAUCUGCAUUUACAUUCUGCACCUGGAGCUAAGACUGAUUACAAAUAGCUUUUCUGUUGUGGGUGGUGAUCGUGUCUAAUAUGGUGUCUCGCCUAUGUCCUUAUUUAAAUUAAGCCCUUGACCCAUUGCCUUUUGAGAGCGUCCAUGGCUGGCCAUAGUCACUUGGUCACUGAACUUGACGUCCCAGUUCUCCUGUGCUAGGGGAUGUUGGAGAUCCGUGGUGAUUCCUUUUCAGUCGCCUUCCUAAGGAGGGUGGCGUCGAGUUUAGGGCCUGUGCUGCACUGAGCACUCGCUUUCCUGCAGCCGUCCCCAGGGUCCGGUGGCUCUCUGUCCUGAACACACUUGGACCUAUUUCCUUUUUGUUUGAUUUUUGCAAGUCUUCACCCCAGCCUGUGCCUACAGACACCUCUUGUGGCCGAGGAGCAGGUGUGCUUGCACUGUCACAGCUGACUGGUCAGUUGUGACUCUAUUUCCCGAUACUCCUGUAGGGGGAGGAUACUCACCCCACUGGAAACAGUGACGUGGCCACCCUUUGUCACAGUCUGUACACAGGGAAGGCUUGUGUUAUUAUUAGAAUGGCAGUCUAUCCGGAGGAUUGGAGAGGAAGGGAAAGUACCUUUAAGUACUAUCUGAUUGUCAUCUGUUCUUUCUUCCUGCCACCCUGCCCCAGGCUGGACCAGCACACUCCCUGUUGGCCUGUUUUUUACUAGUAGCUGAGAUACCCUGUCUGGCAUUUAUCACCACUGGCUGGUGUGACAGGUAUAGUGUGCCGCACAAAUGCACCAGUCAGAUGUUCGUGGGAGUCUUGGCUCUGCUGUCACGUGGAUGUUAGUUAUCGUUGCGCGCGCCUAUAGUUACAAGAUUUUAUUCCUAUUUAAUGUCAUUGACUAUAGCAGAUUUUUGAAAUCAGUGUUUUUCCAUGUGACCCUCUUACCCUGCAUCCCUAUUACUUGUCCCCCAACCCUACCCCUUUUAAGAAAAGAACCAGCAUUUGUAAAGCUGUGGACACCAUCAGGGAAGCUUGUUGUAAUGGCUUUUGAAAGCCAGUAACCAUUAUUGUGGUUGUGUUUUGUAUUGCUUGAUACCAUGAAAGUGUAAAUACUGUAAUGCCUAAUCUAUUUAUCAAAACUGACUACUGGACCAGAGCCCAGAAAACGUGGGUCAAGGUAUACGUGAAUUUGUUUUGUGAAGAAGGGAAGCUGGGGCAGGUAUCAAACAGAGCCGCCACAUUGAAUGGUGUGUCAUCUGGUAGAUUCCCUACUCCAGUGAAAGCUCUUCUGUUGGCAGUCAUUCCUGGCGGUCAUGACUUAAGGCAUAUUUCUGUGGGUUGCCACGUUGCACGUCCACUGUAUUUGGCAGAGGGGAAGGUUACAUUCCCUGGCCAAAUGCUGCCUUUCAUGUUUUAAGUUAUUGCAGAAGGCGGUAAAAAAAGUGGCUGGCUGGCUCUUUCUGUUAAGAAGAAUUCUUAUUAAUAACACUAAAUUCUUUCUGGGGGGAGCGAGAAUGAAGACUUCUGAUUAAUUUGAUUGGAAGUUUUCAGUUGAGGAAAAGCCUGAGACAUAAAGUAAUGAUCUCACUUCACGGAGCUGUACGACUUAAGUGGUCACUGACCUGGUUGAGCUUCAGAUGGCAAUGGGCAUUCCUGCCUGGCGCCAAGAACAUGGGUCUGGCCCUCGUCACCCUUGCGUUGACAUGGUGAACUUCUUGCCAUCUGAGGCUGGCUUGGCCUUACCACCUUCAGAUGCCUUUGUAUCACUACAGACUCCCCCCCGCCCCCUGCUCCACGUCCUGGUAAUUUUGAGCUUUGAGGUUUAUUACGCAAGAACACCUCAGUGGCACUGUGUUGUUUGGCCAAGAUCUUAUUGCAGGUUAAGUAAAGAACAUAGAUUCUAAAUUACAUUUAAUUUUGUACUGUUUUUUUUUUUUAAGAUGUGUAUUUGACACAAAGUAAACAUAGAAGCACAUUGGUUAACCGUUUUUCAUCCUUCAAACGUGGUAAGCCCUUGAGGCCGACAGCCCUCUUGUAUUGAGUUGGUCUCAGUUCUUACUAUCUGUAGUCUGCUUUAUAUCUCCAAUUUCUCUGCUCUGAAAAAUGGGGAAAACUGUUAAACUUCCCAGAAAUUUGUUGUCUUCUAGCUCUCUAGGUGAGCAGAAGGGCCAAAUAGCCAAGUAAAAGUCCCCCCACCCCUAGUAACUCAGAGACAAGUUUUCUUCAACUCAGCUUAACGGGCAUCUUGCCUCCCAUUGGGUAACUUGGUUACAUGCUUCAGACAUCCAGAAACCCAUGCUCUUUAGACCGGGUUUUAUUGGGAGAUUUCCAAGCUGCUGGCCUGAGGGGAUAUGUUAAUGUGAAGGGAAUCCCUGCAUCCUCCCUUACUAUUAGGAAGCAGGUUUCACCCCUCUGGUUGAUUGAUCCAUCGGGGCAAACAUUUGAUUCUCUGUCCAAGAAGGGGAGAGGACAGAAGGAAGGGAGGGAAGAAGGCAGCCUGACUAGAUACCAUCAUUGAGUCUGGUACUUUCUGCACAGCCUGUGAAACUUACCUUUGCUUGAGAGAUUGGAGUCUUAUAAUAAAUAAUAAAUCAUGCACGUGCAACACACACAAGCCAUUUUAGGAAGUGGCCCCUCAUUCUAGUGAAUAUUCUGGAGAAGGAAAGUCUAUAACUGGAAAAAAAAAAAAAAAUAGCCGUGUGUUUCUUGGGUUUCAGCAGACCCCUAAAGGGGAGGUUUGAGGGGAGCGGAGGACAUGCGUGGUCUGUGCCUGUAACACUACCCUUCCUGUGCUGGUCUGCUUCUCUGGUUCACAUACCGGCCAUGCUUUGUUUGGCCAAUAGAGUGUUCCAAAAUAUAUUGAAUUGGAAUGUCCUUGGGCAGGGCAUUCAGUCUCCAAUUUCCACAGUAACCACCUACCCACCAUCUUCACAGGUCACCUGCCAGGCCCCCGAAUGAAAGCACUUGAGUUGGCGCUCCUGCCGUAGAAACUGUUUAUUUGAGCAGGAGAUGCAGCCAUGGUCACGGUGGGAGGGCGGAGGAGACCCCACCGCUGGUUUUGGUAAAUAUUUGUCUAACAUGAUUCACAGAAUAAUGGGAAAUGGCUCCAGUCUUUGUAAAUAGUUUUCAUUCUCACUAGGGAGUUCAACUGAACAAUCACUGGUAUAAAAUUUAUAUUGAGUCUUUCUUAAGAGGGUUUCAAAUGUCAUCUUGCAGCAAGGUUUCUGUGAUCGAUCAAGGCAAGAGGUUUUAACAAGCCAGCUAGAGUGAAGCAUCGUGGGUAGGCCCCGAAGGUUUCCCUUUUUCAUGGUGACAAAUUCACACCCAGGAUUCGCUUUAUACUAUAGAAUACUGACUUUCACGACGACGACUUGGUUUAUGCAUGAAUAUUGCAGUAUUUCCAUAUAGUAAAAUAACAUUUCUGCCCAGGAUUAUAGUCACAGUUUUCCAGGGGGGGAAUGAUAUAAUUUUCAUGACAAUGUCAUGUGAUGAUAGAAUUUCUCCAUUGAUGAAUCUCUAGUAUGUGUGUAUACUUUAUUUACCCAUACGUCUAUUUUAUUACCAAGAGCUAAGUUGUUAUGUCUUUAACUCGUGUCCCUGCUGAAAUAUUGGUCCUAGCAACUUAGACGUCAAGUUGGCAAGUAUAAUCUUCAGUAAUGUUUAUGCCACAAAGGUGGCCAGGCCAGAUGGAAGAUGAAUAAGGAGCAAUGGUGGUGGCUUCAUUCCAGAACCUUUCUGUGUCCUGUAGGCUGCUGUGCUGGGUGUACACACGGCUGCAGGCAGCUGUGGCCACACCGGGCUUGCUUUCCCAGCCAUUGCCAGAUGCCUGGUGUGCACAGCCAGCUAUGACCCCUGUUGGUGGUGGUGGUGUAUAGCACAUGUUCCUAACAUCCACAGAGCUCGCUUCUCCGGGGGAAUGGCCUGUUGGUUUUAGAGAAGAACCUUGGGUUUCACAUGUAGGUUGUGCCCUCUGUCCUUACGCUUUGGACACAGAGAAUAGGACAUCUCCUACCCUCCACCCCAUCCUUAGUCACAACCAGAGUAGUACAGGAAGGCCGCCCGGUUUUGCCAGCGUUCAGCUUCCGCCCAUGACCCCAUAAAGCAUGUUAGCACUGGGGAUCCUUUUUCAGCAGCCUCACAAACAUUCCUGCCCUUUUAGGUUGUGCCUGACUGUGCCUCUUCACCCCUCAACAUCAGCGCCAUCCAGCAUCCUUAGAAUUGCUGUGUGUGUUUUCAGGCACGUAGGGUAUCCUUACCAGUGUUGCCAUCUUACUGACAGUUCCAAUUAAUACAUUUUUUUGUUCGCUUGUGACCUUUGUUUGACACAUUAAUAAAUUUCUGACUGUUCUUAAAACAGUAGGGAUGCCUAUGUUUUCCUUGUGUUUUUGUGGCUGACUUUGGCUAUAUGCCUUUCUGGGAUUUUGAUUUAGUUUUGUUUUUGUUGUUUUGUGGGGUUUUUUUGUUUUGUUUUUUGUUUUGCAUACCGAGGGUAUUUGGGAUGGGUUUGUUUUUUGAGAUGUGUAAUUCUUUUAUGGAGUUUUUAAAAAGAAUUUUCAUAUUGUUUUUCUAACAUGGCUUCAUUAAACGUUUAAGUAUUUUAAAAAUAUGUAAUAAUAUUUGGACCAGAUGUUGUGAAUAAUAGUAGAGACAAAGCUAUUUUAUUCUGUAUUUUUAAAACCGUUCCGUACAAAUAAAAGCUCUCCUGGACACAG